CAGUAGUCGCUGGGGUUCCCCCUCCCCUUCAAAUCUCUGCGUUCGCUCGGUCGAACUCCGCUGGGAGCAAGAUUCCAACCCUCCCGCCCCUCUCAAGUCCCAGCGCUGCCGGAGUGGAACUUUGCCGGGCUCCACGUUCCAGCCCAGCCGGGAGGGAGAAGCCAGGCACACAAGCGCUGCCCGGCCGAUUCCCGCCCCCUCCCAGCACAGCAGCAGCUGGGGAGGAGGAAGGAGCCGCGCUAGGCAGCGGCGCUGAGAUUUGCCAGGCAGGCAGCAGAGGGAGAGCAGCAAGGGAAGCCCCCGUGGUCCGUCCUCGCGUGGAAGCUGCAGACAGUCCUCGCCGCGCGAGGUGGCUCUUGCGGCAGGCCGCAGGAGCGAGCCUGGCAGCGCUGCGGCGGGGUUGUUCCCCGGGACACGGGUGUUGAAGUUGCGGUGGCCCAGGCGGGGCGGCGGCCGCUGCUCCGCUGCUUGCUGUUUGUGACUCGGUGGCCGGAGGGGGAGAGCCGCCCCCUCCGUCCCGCUUCCCACUCCGCUGCCUCCGCUCCCCCGGCUCGGGCUGUUUGUGUGAGAGACCCCCCCACACCCCUCCUUCGUUCCCUCCCUCCGGCGCCUCCUCCCCUUUCCCCAGAGCCGGAGGAGGCCGGAGCGGGCGCGGUGCGGCUGCUGCUGUGUCUCUGGGGCUCUCGGCUCGGCCCGGCCCAGCCCGGCCGCGCCGCUGCUACGGACAGAGGAAUCCCCCCAGCGGGAAGGCGGUGCAGCCAUGAGCGGCGGGGAGGUGGUUUGCUCGGGCUGGCUCCGAAAGUCCCCGCCGGAGAAGAAGUUGAAGCGAUACGCAUGGAAGAGGAGGUGGUUUGUGCUUCGCAGUGGCCGUCUAACAGGAGAUCCGGAUGUGUUGGAGUACUACAAAAAUGACCAUACCAAAAAACCUAUUCGUAUUAUUGACUUAAACUUGUGUCAACAAGUGGAUGCGGGAUUGACAUUUAACAAAAAAGAGUUCGAAAACAGUUAUAUUUUUGAUAUCAACACUAUCGACAGAGUUUUCUACUUGGUGGCAGAUAGCGAGGAGGAGAUGAAUAAGUGGGUUCGCUGUAUUUGCGACAUCUGUGGGUUCAACCCUACGGAAGAAGAUGCUGUGAAGCCACUUGGCAGUUCUUUACCAGCAUCUGCUGAAUUACCAUUAGCAGUCAACACUUCACCACCAUCUGUACAAGCAGAAUCAUCCCUACCUCCUCCAUAUCAACUAAUUAACAUCCCACCUCUGGAGUCCUCAUCUAGCCAAGAAGAUCCUCAGGAUUACCUAUUGCUAAUAAAUUGUCAAAGCAAGAAGCCUGAACCUACGAGCCCAGGGUCAUCCUUUAUCUCUGAAGAAGGAAAAGAAUACCUACUACUGGAGGAUUUUGAAAGUAAAAAGAUUCCACUGCAAUUGCAUGCUGACUCAGCAAAGUCCAUCUCUUCUGAAACAGACUGCAAUGAUAAUGUACCCUCCCAUAAAAAUUCUGCUCCAUCAUUGAGCAAGCAUGCAGUGAACGGCUUUUUUCAGCAACAAAGUACCUAUGACUCUCCGCCACCUCGAGCGGCAUCAGUGUCAGUAGACUGCAGCCUUUAUAACCUGCCUAGGAGUUAUUCACAGGAUGGUUUACCAAAGGCAACGUCUCCAUCUGGGACUGAUGCAGAAGGAGAGCAGCAUGUUUUCAAUACCCCUUCUGCUACAUCUUCAUUAGAUACACAAAUGAGGCAUUUCUCCAUUAGUUAUGACAUUCCCCCAACACCUGGAGGUACUUAUCAGAUUCCACGAACUUUUCCAGAAGGAACUUCGAAGCUAGAGACUAUUCCAGAUAUUCCUCCACCUCGACCACCAAAACCACAUCAUGCUUCAGAUCGAUCUCCCGUGGAAACCUGUAGCAUUACUCGUACUGCCUCAGACACUGAUAGUAGUUAUUGCAUCCCUACAGCAGGAUUGCCACCAUCACGCAGUAAUACCAUUUCCACUGUAGAUUUGAAUAUAUUUCGUAAAGAUAUUAGUUCUCAAGACUGCUAUGAUAUUCCACGAUCAUUUCCAAAUGACAGAGCUAGCUCACUGGAAGGCUUUAAAAACAGAAGCAUGUUCACAGUGGGAAGUGUUUCAAGUGAAGAGCUGGAUGAAAACUAUGUCCCAAUGAAUCCUAACUCUCCACCACGGCAGCAUUCCAGCAGCUUUACUGAACCCAUCCAAGAGACAAACUAUGUACCUAUGACACCAGGCACAUUUGAUUUUUCAUUAUUUGGAAUGCAAGUCCCUCCACCCGCCCACAUGGGUUUCAGGUCCAGUCCAAAGACCCCUCCCAGAAGGCCAGUACCUGUUGCAGAAUGUGAACCACCACCAGUGGAUCGGAACCUCAAACCUGACAGAAAAGGUCAAAGUCCUAAAAUUUUAAGACCUAAACCACAUGGUUUAGAGCGAACUGAUUCACAAACCAUAGGUGACUUUGCUACAAGAAGAAAGGCAAAACCAGCUCCACUAGAAAUAAAACCUCUGCCAGAAUGGGAAGAAUUGCAAGCCCCAGUUAGAUCUCCUAUCACCCGAAGUUUUGCACGAGAAGAAGAGUCCUUCUAUUGUACUGUUCCUAUAACACCUGUUAAGAGGGAGGGAUCAGGCUGGGAGAGGACAGAGGAGAUUUUGUUCGGCAGCAACAGUCUUGAUGGAGGAAGUAGCCCUAGGGUAAAACCCAAAGGAGAUAAACAAGUCGAAUACUUAGAUCUGGAUCUAGAUUCUGGGAAAUCUACUCCACCUCGUAAGAAAAAAAGCAGUGGUUCAGGGAGCAGUGUGGCAGAUGAAAGAGUGGAUUAUGUUGUGGUUGACCAACAGAAAACACUAGCACUGAAGAGCACGCGAGAAGCAUGGACUGAUGGGAGGCAGUCUACAGAAUCUGAAACCCCAACUAAAAGUGUAAAAUGAAAAUUCUACUAUUCCUCAAAGAACAAAAGAAGUAUCAUUUAUCCCAAUGAAUUUUGAUGAAAUACAGAACCAUAACUGCCAUGUUGCUUGACUGAACAGUACUUGGCAAUUCACUGGUGUGUUGCUUCCAGAAUGAAUUGAUGGAAGAACGCUUAAAAUUUAUCAAAGAAAUCUAAGUCAGAGGACGUUUUAAAUACAUCAAAGAAAUCUUAAGAUCCUAAAUUGUGCCCUGUGGUCUCUGGAUAAUUCAUCAAAUGUAAAUAAUGUGUAAAAAUAGUAUUGCUUGGCUCCCAGAAAACCUUUUGUUCUUCAUUUAACAUAUUUGUAGUAUUACUAUGUUUAUGCACUUUUUCAGUUAAAAUGUUGGUUCAGGUAUUCCCAGUUAAUGAAUUUUAAUGACGAAUUCAUUUUGAGAAUUUUUUCUUACAC